GAGGCGGGGACAGGGUGACGGCACCGAUCACGAUUGGGCCACGGGAGGAACGGGGCAGAGGCAAUGGGGGCGGGGCCGUGGGGAGGCGGGACGUGGGCGCUGCACGGAAGGGGCGGGGUCACACGGGGCGGAGCGAUGACGUCACUCAUUCAGUAGUGGAGAGGUAGGGGGCUCUUUGCGCAUGCGUGGGAGGGGUAAGGCAGGCGCACGUGACCUCCCGCUCCGAUCCCCCCUCAGUCUCGGGUCGCCCCCCCAGCCCCGGGGGUCCCGUCGGGAUUCGGCUGUGUUAAUACGGGGAUAUUGCCGUGACCUGGGCUGUACGGACAGUGAGAGCUGCUUCUCGCUCCCGAAAGGCGCCAGGCCACGCUGGCCCAUCCUUUGGCCUCGCCGGAGACACGGAGUGGGGUGUUGGGUCUCUCUCAGUGCAGAGGCCAUGAAGAUUAACCAGGACACGGUGCUGCGAGGAAAGAAGGUGACGCUGGUGCCCUACACCUCUGCACACGUGCCCCGGUACCACGAGUGGAUGCAGUCGGAGGAGCUGCAGCGGCUGACAGCCUCGGAGCCCCUUAGCCUGGAGCAGGAGUACGAAAUGCAGCGCAGCUGGCGGGAGGACGCUGACAAGUGUACCUUCAUUGUGCUGGACUCGGAGCGCUGGCCUGGGCAGGCGGAGGAGAACUCCAUGGUGGGGGAUGUGAAUCUCUUCCUCAACAACACCGAGGACCCGACUGUAGGCGAGAUUGAAAUCAUGAUUGCAGAGCCCAGCUUCCGUGGCAGAGGGUUUGGCAAGGAGGCAACUCUGCUGAUGAUGGCCUAUGGAGUGAGAAAACUGGGGAUCACCAAGUUUGAGGCUAAGAUUGGUCAGGAUAAUGAAGCCAGUAUCUGCAUGUUCAAAAAGCUUCACUUUAAGGAGGUUGCUGUGAGCAGCAUUUUCCAGGAGGUGACUCUGAGGCUGGAUGUCAGUGACCAGGAGAGACAGUGGCUCCUGGAGCAGACAAACCACGUGGAGAAGAAGAGCUACGCUGAGCUGCAACAGCCAGUUGGGGUGCUGGACACCUGGCAGACACCUCCAGACACCACCUGGGUUUCCAGGGAGAAUCUGGAUGUUGUUGCAAGGUCUGGGUGUGGAGGACACCAGUGAGCCAACAUUGGAACUAUUUUCAUCUGUCUCCUUCAGCUGCUUUGUCAUCUUAUCAACUUUGUACUUUGCUCAGCCAGCCAGGAUUACUGCCUGAAAGUUGGACCUGGGAAACAGCCACUAACUCACAGGUUUGGCUACGAAUGACUCUGACUUUGAUGUGCUGUUCCAACAGAGCCUAAAAUCACCAGCAGUUGAUUCCUGGAGAAGAAGAAACUUCUCCCACUGCCUUUAAAUCAGGAUUCAUCAGCAAGCAGGUUUCAUAUAUUGGCAGCUCAGUCUUUUUUAUUCUUGAAAUAAAAAAAAAUAAAAAUCACAACAAUCCGAGGUGCCUGAGCACUACAUGGGGCUCAGCUGUUCUCUUUGGCAGCUCAAGGAGUGGUUUAGAAGUUGUAAAGGACAGCAGAGACUUUCAACCCAGUUUCCUGGGGUCUGGUAGGUUGCAGAGGGGCACUGCUGGGUCCUGGCAGGGAGAAGCCCAGAUGUGGGUGAGCACAAACAAAGGGCAAGUUAAUGUGAUGGAAAUUGUUGAUAUUGGCUGAUCAAGAUUAGAGCUGAGCCCCACUGAUGAGGAGGGUGAGAUCUGCAUGAGACUUCUGAGACAAACCCCCUUUAGCUUCAGGGCUGUGCUCCAGAUCUGAAAACUUCAGGCCAGCAGUGCUGUUGCACUUCAUUUUCCAUGGCUGCUUUGACGAAAGCAAGGAGAACAUACUGAAAGGAGACAGCUUCCUUCUUCCACCAGCUCAGGACUUGCUCUGCUGAGCCUGGAGACUCCAUUUUCUGCUCUCCAUAAAGAUAAGGAUGAAUGUGGGGGAAAUAUCUCUUACUGGGGGGCAGAUAUGUUAGGCAGAUAUAUUAGGGCAGGAGUUAUCCAGCCUCUGCUGCAGUAGAUCUGCGAUCCAUGGAUGAAAAAGAAGCACUUGCCUGACUCCCACUGGACAAACUUCCCUGUGCAGUUAUUCAGCCUGACCCCUCCUGCCCUGUCCACACACACACACUGUCCACAGCAGGGAAGCUGCUAAGAGGAGAGGCCAGAAGGUAAGAAGGAUAACUGAUGCUCCUGUUUUCCUAUUGUAACAGCAGCUUUAAUGGCUAACCCUAGACCAGAAAUUAUCUGUUUCAGUAAUGGAGGAUCAGGUAAUAACUUUCAGAUUUGCCCAGGGAUGUUUUGGAGAUUGGCAGUCUGUGGAAUUUUUAGUGUUGCCGUGCCUAUAUUUUUAGGGCCUGGGGGCUUUAGUUUUCCAAUUUUAGCUAAUGUAGAUACAUUAUUCCUGUGACUAAUAUUAAAGCCAAGCGUGGGAACAGUGUAUCAUGGCAUUUUAAACAAGUAUUUAGUGUGGAUUUAGUUGUAGUGAAAGCUUUGUGUGGUAAUAAAGUGAAGAGCAGCUCUAUUUCCCGCUGGGAUUACCAUGACAAGGGCUACUAAUCCUCCUGCUCCUCAUCACCUGCUGCAGGCAGAAAUGGAUUCUGUGCUCCAGAACAGGAUUUGCAGAACCUGCUGGGUGAACUGCUGGCUCUGGUGCUCCUUCCAUGAAGCAUCUCAUCCCUCUGCCAGAGGAGCAAAGCCAAACUGGCAGGAGAGAUGUAGCUUGGCUGGGAUUUGCUCCCCUAAAACCCGACCAAGGUGGGAAAAAUAAUUUCUUUUAGCCUCUGCUGCCAGGGGGCAGGGGCAGAGUGAUCUCCUGUCGCAGCUCCCCAUGCCCAGCUGGUUGCUCUGGAGCCAGCAAGGGCCCCGCUUGGCAUCCCCGGUCCCCGGCAAUGCCGGUGCUGCCCCGGCUCCACAGGCGGCUGGGAACAGCCUUUCCCUGGCAACCCAAAACAAAGUUGGGUCUGUCCUGGAGCUCAGCCCGCCCCAAAGGCUGGGGGGAGAGUCCCAGUACAGCUCAAACAGGGUUCCCACAGGGAACCAGUGCCCAGCUGCACUGAGCAGGCCAAGAGGCAAAAGAUGCUGCUGGGACCCACUGGCUGCCCCUCACUCCUGCCCUGCGUGGGCUGCUCCACCCUGUGGCAUCCAUGCCAGGUAGGAGUGUCCUGCUGCCCCAAUGGGAUGAGGAUGGGAAAAUAGGGGAUGGGGGCUCACCUUCCCUCAGAGGACAUGUCUUUGGAGGAUGAGACAGGUUGGAAUGGGCUCCCCCAGCUUUCCAGGAGGAAGUGACAGCCUGCACAUCCCCUGGAAAUCUGGUGGCACUUUGACACUUGGUGUCAUUUGAGAUGCAAAGAUCUGUGACCAUUUCUGUGCUCAGGUAGAAGAGUUUAUUUGCAGAUUUGGAGCACAAAACAAGAGUGUGCAGAAGGGGAGGAAGCAAAGAUACCAGACAGAGGCAAUGCACAGCCCUGCCUUGUCCUGCUGAGCCACCCAGGGCUAUGUCCAUUCAUUCAGAGGGACAAGCACCCCUCUCUUCACGGAUCCGCCUUCCCUCAACCCAGGUGCAACCCAGGCUCAUCCCAAAAACCCCUAUAGGGACUGGGGGCACAUCUGGGCUCCCCCAACAGAGCCACUGCCCUCCAGCCUGGCUGGCAGACCCAGAUUAGAGCUUUGCUUUACCCUCCCCCCUUCCCCUGCACUCCCCAGGGGAUUAAAGCCCAUUAAUCACCCUGAGGCAUUAACCCCCACCGGGACCAGCUGGUGCCUCCCCAAUCCCCUCAACCUG